GCGGCUGCAUGGUGGACCCAUGCCAGUACUCCAGUAGCUGUACUGACCUGACGACCCUGUACCAGUGUGACUGUGUCAAUGGAUCGGGAGGAGCUCACUGCGAGACGGAUGUCGUCGAUAGCUGUGCUAACAACAGCUGUGUACACGGUACCUGCGUGGAUCAGCUGGAGUCGUACAAUUGUACAUGUGCUGAAGGAUACAACGGUAGACACUGUGACACAGAUAUCGACGACUGUGCAACGAACCCAUGUGUCAACGGUACCUGUGUCGACCACGUCAACAACUACACCUGUGACUGUGCACCUGGGUACACAGACUGGAACUGCAGCACAGAUAUUGACGACUGUGCAACGAAACCAUGUGUCAACGGUACCUGUGUCGACCACGUCAACAACUACACCUGUGACUGUGACCCUGGGUACACAGACCGGAACUGCAGCACAGAUAUCGACGAGUGCGCAACGAGCCCAUGUGUACACGGCAGCUGUGUCGAUCACGUCAACAACUACACCUGUGACUGUGACUCUGGGUACACAGACCAGAACUGCAGCACAGAUAUCGAAGACUGUGCACCAAACCCAUGUGUCAACGGUACCUGUGUCGACCACGUCAACAACUACACCUGUCACUGUGACCCUGGGUAUACAGGCCGGAAUUGCAGCUCAGACAUCGACGAGUGUGCAACGAAGCCAUGUGUCAACGGUACCUGUGUCGACCACGUCAACAACUACACCUGUGACUGUAAACCUGGGUACACAGACCGGAACUGCAGCACAGAUAUCGACGACUGCGCAAAGAGUCCAUGUGUCAACGGUGCCUGUGUCGACCACGUGAACAACUACACCUGUGACUGUGUACCUGGAUACACAGACCGGAACUGCAGCACAGAUAUUGACGACUGCGCCAGUAGCCCAUGUGUCAACAAUGGCACCUGUGUUGACAUGCCCAAUGGGUACAGAUGUACUUGUCCUGGUGGCAUCAAUGGCACAGAUUGCGAAAUAGGCGGUGAUCCUUGUGUGAGGAAUCCCUGCCAGAACAACGGGACUUGUAUUGCUAGAGGCAGUGGUUUCAACUGUUCCUGCCAGGAUGGGUAUGAGGGAGACAUCUGCCAGACAGAUAACUUUAUCCGACCAACCACUAUCAACACUGCCCUUCCGACCAACAUUAAAGCAUUUCAUAAAAAGGCAGAAAAUGGUCCUAAUGGGGAAACUCAAUUCGUAAGAGGCACUGUCUCAGCCUGGCCAUACAAGUCCGAGGAUAUGGAGUUCCUGGAAGACUGUGUUAUCACGUGCAAGCAGGAUGUGAAAUGUGCCUCUGUGAUCUACAUGGACACUGCAUCUACCUCACGUCGCUGCAUUCGCCUUCAAGAUACUCCAACAGGUUAAUACAACUGCAAACGUACCACGACAUACCCCUGAUGGCAUUAAUACAGUCCCUAAGAGUAAAUUCAAAACAAUGGUAAAACUGAUCAUUUGGGUUCACAUCCAGAAGUCUAUGACAUAAAUUCUUUGAAAUAUUUUUAUGCUUCUCAUUUAGAUAUUUGUAAGUUACUACAAGUAUAUCUUUCGCUCCUUAUUGUUUUUUAGUCUAACUGUAAAACAUAUUGUAUUUUAUCCAGUGCUAUACUGUAGCCUUAGCUGGUAUAUCGUCGUUUAAUGAACUUUUAAUAAUUCGUUUUACUUUAUACCGGUUCAGAAAUGUGUCCUUUUAAAGAAAGUACUUAUAACAUAUGAUAAUAUCUGUGUGAACUUGUGAGAUAGAACAUUGUUUAUUUUAGCCAGAUAUCAUGGAUAUUCAAAUUGCCAGAACGAUGUUUCAAAUGUAAACCGAUGUGUGUACAGUUGCACACACUAUUACCAAGAUGGGAAAUGUAGCGUCUUCAGAUCAAGCUCCUUUCAUAAUGAAUAUUUCAAAGAGUGAUAAUCCCAGAAUGUUACAUCAAAAGGAUAAUGUUGACCUGAAACAGAGUUUUCAGUGUUACUGAUUAUUUACGUUAUGAGAUGAAUUUUGCAAAAUCAGUUUGAUAUUAUUACUAUAAUUUUGGCUAAUUUGACCUGUCUAAAGUUUUGGUAAUAUAUAAAAUAUGUUUCAUCAAUAUCAGUAACUUCAUAGAUUAUUCACUAUUGACAGUUGGAACAAUGACCUCCUGUUUUGUAUAUCGUAUGAUCCAUAGUGACUGUAUUAUCCAGCUAUAAUUUAACUCCUUACUGCAUUACACACUGUUGCCUCUAACUCGAGUCUUCAAACUGCUCUACCCAUCGAAGUCUUUUACUCGGGUCUCCAUACAUACUGUAUUACGCACUGUUGCCUCUAACGCGAGUCUUUAACUGCUCUACCCAUCGAAGUCUUUUACUCGGGUCUCCAUAGUGUAUUACGCAAUAUUGCCUCCAACUGGAGUGUUUAUAUACUGCUUUACCCAUCGAAGUCUUUUACUCGGGUCUGUAUUACACUGCUGCCUCAAACUCGGGUCUUAUAGGGUCUCCUUCGUCACGAUAUGGCUGAGAUAUUGCCGAUGUGACGUUAAAUAUUAACUCAUUCAAUUAUAGGGUCUCCAAUAAGUUUUUGAUUCUCCAUACUGUAUUACACACUGUUGCUUCUAACAUGGGUUAUUAUACUGCCUUACCCAUCGAAGUUCCCUUGUUAGGUCUCUACGCACAAUUACCAGGUCUCCAUCCUGUUUUACGCACUAUUACCAGGUCUCCAUCCUGUUUUACGCACUAUUACGGGUCUCGAUCCUGUUUUACGCACUAUUACCGGGUCUCCAUCCUGUUUUACGCACUAUUACCAGGUCUCCAUCCUGUUUUACGCACUAUUACCAGGUCUCCAUCCUGUUUUACGCACUAUUACCAGGUCGCCAUCCUGUUUUACGCACUAUUACCAGGUCUCCAUCCUGUUUUACGCACUAUUGCCGGGUCUCCAUCCUGUUUUAGGCACUAUGACCAGGUCUCCAUCCUGUUUUACGCACUAUUACCGGGUCUCAUCCUGUUUUACGCACUAUUACCAGGUCUCCAUCCUGUUUUAGGCACUAUUACCGGGUCUCCAUCCUGUUUUAGGCACUAUUACCAGGUCUCCAUCCUAUUUUAGGCACUAUUACCAGGUCUCCAUCCUGUUUUAGGCACUAUUACCAGGUCUCCAUCCUGUUUUAGGCACUAUUACCAGGUCUCCAUCCUGUUUUACGCACUAUUACCAGGUCUCCAUCCUGUUUUACGCACUAUUACCAGGUAUCCAUACUACAAUGACCAACAAAGUCUUUUACUGAUGUCAAUUCAGUCUAUCACUCAUUAUGGCUCUUAUCAGAUCAUCAGAGGCAUUAUAUAAAACCAACUCUCUUUUCUUGGUAUUUGCUUUAUUAUAUCAUUUGAUUAAGUAAGAAAUAUAGCCACAGAAAAGUCUAUUUCAUGACUAAUUGGUAAGCAUAACGUUUUUCGUCCCUGACAGUGAAAAUGUAAACUAAUGAUAACUAACAUUGCUACCAUAGGCAGUAUUUCUGUUACACCCGAUCGAAUUCAGGGAUUAUAACGACAGUAAACAUGGCAUAUUUCAGUAAUAUCGAAUUCAUGAAAGCAUACCAUUUUUCAUUCAAAAUAUGUUUUGACGACAGUAAACAUGGUAAAUAUGUACAGGUAACCGAUGAAAGAAAUACCCAGUUGUCUGUUGUUUAUAUUUACAUGCCAUAGAUAUUGUCUACAUACUUAU